GAAGAAACUAUUAUUUAUUUAUUUAUUUAAAUUGUGUAACAGACUCUUGUUAUUUAUUUGUUUAUGUGUUGGUUUUGUUUUUUGUUUUUAUUCAUUAUUUCCUUUCCUUACAAACUAAUGGUACAGUCGGCUCUUCGUGUUGGUACAGUCCAACCACAGGCGGGAAAGCGCUGAGCGUCACGUGACACGAGCUGCUCGGUCAACAUGGCGACCAGAAGAGGAAGCCUAGCAUAGCUCAGUUCAGCUUAGCUCAGUAACAGAAUCCUCCUGUCGACCCGAGGCGCUCAGCUCCGCGUCCAGACCUCCGCCUCUCCGUCUCCGGUGAGUACCCGCGCUGCUGUCUCCGGUUGUUUCUCUGUGGUGGAGCUCCGAGGCAGCAGGAUGCCGGGGAAAACCCCCGACCCGCUCAAACAGGGAGACCUGGUGUUCGCCAAGAUGAAGGGCUUCCCCCACUGGCCUGCCAGGGUCUGUAAGUCGGACAGCGGAUACAAGAAGCGAGUCCCGGUCUACUUCUUCGGGACCCAUCAGAUCGGCUACAUCCCUCCGGAGAACGUCGUUCCUUACGUCGGUAACAAGAUGAAGUACGGCAGCGGCGUCCGCAUCAAAGGCUUCGACGAGGGCAUGUGGGAGAUCCAGAACACGCCUGGAGUCGGGAGUAAACUCAAAGUACCAGCACAGAUCAACACACAGCCAACUUCUGCUGCAAAAGCUACACCUACAAAAGCUACACCUGUUAAAGCUACACCUGUUAAAGCUACACCUGUUAAAGCUACACCUGUUAAAGCUACACCUGCUAAACCGACUUCUGCAGAUAAACCAACCACUGACAAACUCAGAAGUACCCCCACACGAUCCGCUGCCAGUAAAUCUGCCCCCGCGAAGCCCGACACCACACCAGAUGCUCCGAGCAGAGCUCCAAGUAAAACGGAAACUGCCGCCGCUGCUGUGGCUAAAACUCCGACGAGAGCUUCGUUAAGAUCUGCUGCAGAGAAAACGACCGACUCCAAACCGACUUCUUCACAGGCUUCGACUUCAGAUGAGACUCCUGCCAGCACACGAAGCAGAAGGGCGGCUGCACGAGGGAGUCGUGAAAACAACGCUUCGUCAGAGAAGGAGGUCGAUGCCGAGCAGCAGAAGAAGAGGACCUCUGUCAGUCCCGCUGUGACUGCUCCAGUCAAGAAACUGAAGACCACAGAACCAAAGUCUGCUCCGACACAAGUGUCCAAGAACGAGAGAGUCCGGAAAGACGAGGAGGAGACGGAGGAAGAAAAGAAGUCAUCAGACAGCCAUGGAGUCGAGAGAAAGAGGGAUGAAGAGAAGAAGACAAACCAGGACGGCGGUGAGGGACAGAAAGAAGUGACGAUGAAAGAGAAGACGACACCAGAGAGCCAAGGAACAAAAAGAAAGGAGGAGGAAGAAGAGGGGGAGAAACAGAAGCAGGAUGGAGGUGUGGAGGGAAAGAAAGAAGCAACGACGAAAGAGACAACGGAAGUAAAGAAGUCAUCAGAGAGCCAAGGAGUCAAGAGGAAGAGAGACGAGAAGGAUGAAGAGAUGCAGGAGAAAACGAGUCAGGAUGACGGAAAGAAAGAAGUGAAGACAGCAGAGGGCCGAGGGAUGAAGACGAGGAGAGCAGAGAAUGAUGGACAGAAGAAACAAGAUGCUGGGGAAGGAGAGAAAGAGGAGAAGACGAGGAGAGAAACAAGGUCGGAGAGCGAAGGAGGAAGAAGAACGAGAGAAAAGGAGGAGCAGCUGAAAGCAAAGAAGGAUGUUGCAGAAGUGACGGCGAAAGGAGAGGAAAGCCGAGGAGCAAAGUGGGAAGAGAAGGAGCAGCAGAAAGAAGAGAUGAAGAAGAAGGGGACGGAGGAGGAGAGGACGAGUAGAGAAACGAGGUCUGAGAGCGACGGAAGGAGAAGAACGAAAGAGAAGGAGGAGGAGCUGAAAACGAAGAAGGAUGUUCCAGAAGUGAGCCGAGGAGCAAAGAGGAGGAGGGAAGAGAAGGAGGUGACGGAGGAGGAGAAAACUGGAGAGAGCGAAGGGACGAAGACGAGGAGAGCAGAGAAAGAGGAUCAGAAGAAGAAAAGAAAAGAUGCUGCAGAGGAAGAAGAGAUGGAGAAAGAGAAGGAUGCAAAAGCAACAGAGAGGAAGGAGGAAGAGAAGAAAACAAAACAAGACGGCAGCGAAGGAAAGAGACAGGAGAAGACGAGGAGAGAAACGAGGUCUGAGAGCGAAGGAAGAAAACGAACGACAGAAAAGGAGGAGCAGCUGAAAACGAAGAGGGAUGUUGCGAAAGGAGAGGAGGGAAAAGGAGGAAAGAGGGAAGAGAAGGAGGUGCAGAAAGAAGAGAUGAAGAAGAAGGUGACGGAGGAGGAGAGGACGAGGAGAGACACGAGGUCGGAGAGCGAAGGAAGAAGAAGAACGAGAGAAAAGGAGGAGCAGCCGAAAACGAAGAGGGAUGUUAGAGAACUGAGCCGAGGAACAAAGAGGAGGAGGGAGGAGAAGGAGGAACAGAGGAAGACAAAGGAUGCUGGAGAGGAAGGAAAGAAAGAAGGGACGAGGAAAGAGAAGAUGACGGAGGAUAGGAAAGCAACAGAGAGAGAGAAGGAAGGCAGUUCUGUGGACAAGGAGCGACAGUGGCGUCUGGCUGCCAAGAGGGAGAGUAUGUUGAAGUCUCUGAGAGGGCUGCUGAAGGGCGGGAGAGGAGCGAAGAGGAGGGAGACGAUGAAGAGCUCACAGAAAACCAAGAACCUGGAGGUUAAAAAGACGAGAACACAGAGGACGACGACGACGACGACGACGACUGAGAUGAAGAGCGUGAAAGAAUCAACCGUCGCCGAGGUGGUCGGCAGGAAGUCUGACGUCAAAGCCGUCGUCGGUAAGAUCGUCAGCAGGAGAGACGCAGAGGUCAGACAGACAGGAAGUGACGAGGGGAAGACGUCCGUCCAAAAGACAACAGCGGAGAAGAAGAGGGAUGAGCAGAGGACAAAGACGGAGCCGGACAAGAAGACGGACAGGAGUAAAACUACGGAUGACCUGAAGACGAAGGAGAAGGAGAGCGGGCAGAAGAAGGAAGACAAGACGAAGAGUGACGGAAAGAAAGAUGAGGACGUGAAGGAGAAGAAAGAUGAAGAGAAGAAGGAGGAGAGGAAAAUCAUCGGAAAGAUUGUGAAAGCAACGUCUGGACAGGGAACGAAGGUUCAGGUAAAGACGAUCAUGGGAGGGACGAUGGCGACGACAGUGGCGACGAAGAUGGCAACGACGGUGGCGGCAGCGGAGGAGGAAAAGAAGACGAAAGAGGAGAAGACGAGCAGAGAAGAAAAGGUGGAAGAUAAGAAACAGAGUUCAGGAAAGGUGAAGGAGAAGAGAGGGAGCGCUGAAGAGAAGAAAUGUGAAAAUCGAAAGGUGGAAAAAAGUGCAGAGGUGGACAGGAAGUCCGACCGAACGAGGGCAGCGACGGACGACAAAAAGGACAAGAACGCAGCGGAGAAGGACAAAAAGGACAAGAACGCAGCGGAGGUGGAGAAGGACAAAAAGGAACGUGAGACGGCGCUGAGGCAAAACGAAGAGGAGCAAAAAGCGACGACGAAAUCACAAGACAAGAAGAAGGAAACUGAGGUUGAAAAAAUGUCGACGAGAGAGCAGAAGAAGAGGGAGGAGGAAACGAGCGCCAAAACCGCCGCAGAGCAGACGAAGAAAAGUAGCGGCGAGUCGGAGCGGGAGCGCACCGAAGAGCCGCAGAAGAAGAAAGGCGAGAAAACGACAACAGCGGAGUCGAGAAGCGGAGGAGGAGGAGACGUGAAGAAGACGAGCGGUGCAACGGAGGGCGGUUCGUCGGCAGGAGGAACGGCGGGGCAGAAGAAGAGUUUGACCAUGACGCUGACGGACUCCACGCUGCACCGGAUCCACGGAGACAUCAGGAUUUCUCUGAAGACGGACAACCCUGACAUCAGUAAGUGUCUGAUGGCGUUGGAUCAGCUCAGCAUGGUUUAUGUGACGUCUAAACACGUCCAGAGACACAGCGAGCUCGUCUCCACUCUCAGAAAGCUGCGCUGCUACAGAGCCAACAAGGCCAUCAUGGACAAGGCGUCCAUGUUGUACAGCCGCUUCAAAAACGCCUUCCUGGUGGGGGAGGGCGAGGAGGUGGUGAGCGCCGCCUUCCUGCGCUCGCUGCUGGAGGAGAAGGAGAGGGAGGAGGCUCAGCGGGUGGAGAGGCAGAGGAUGGAGGAGACGCUGCAGGAGGUGGAGGAGAGGAGGAGAAGUGACGGAGGAGGGGAGGAAGACGAGACGAAAACAGAAGCUGUUCCUGAAGCAGCCCGGACUGAACCAACUCUAAUCUGAGGGGUGUCACCCCCACCCACCUGGACAAUGAGAACUUCCACAACCACAUUUACCUCAACACACGCACGCACGCACGCCCGCAUGCCCGCACACACACACACACACACACACACACACACACACACACACACACACACACACACACACACACACACACACACACACCUGUGUUGUUAUUUAUUUCCUGUUGUGAAUAAAGGGUGUUGAUAUCUGAGUAGGAGUUCACCGUGUUAGAGCAGUUAAUAGUGAUUCAUCUUUCUUCCACUAAUUGGAUUAACCUGAGCAUUAACCCCGACAUUACCCGUUCUAACCAUAACCUGGACUAUCUCUUUGUCUUUUGGGUGAACUGUACCUUUAAGAAGUAACCUUUAACCUACCUCUGCUAACCGCUAACUGCUAACUGACGGUGUCAACUCGUACUCUUUAUAUUAACUCACCCUACGCUUUCAUUUGAAAGGUGCUCUGUGUUCUUCCAUCACUAACUCAUCUGCCAGUAACCGUAGAGACAGGACGGGGAGUGGGGGCUGAUGGGUAAUGUAGUUUUAUUUGCUUGUGGUGUCAGAUAAAGGAGAUUCACAGCAGCUUUAAACCCUGAGUUAAAGUAUUAAACGGCUGAAGGGCAGCGCUAAACGUACAAAGACCUGUUUUUAUACGACUCUAUACAGCAGCGACGUUUGAUUCUGUAUUUGUAUUGUGAUGUACUGAGAUGUUUUCUAUUCUUUCUUUGAUGUUUUUACUCGUGUGCAGUUGUUUUUCUAGAUGGCCGUCACUCUGUUGUGUAAAUAUAUCAGUUUUUCUUACGGAAAUUUUACAGUUUCACGAACGUGACAGUCUGGUUAUUAUUUCACUGAAUAAAGAGAGUUUGAACAAGCAGGAACUGUUUACAGCGAGUUAUACAGUUAAUAACAAUAACAAUGUGUUCUUGUUCCGUUUAUGAUCAUGCAAAUCAGCAAAUAAUAAAAGAUUCACAAAUCA